GAUGCUAGCACACUAACAGAACUGCCCAUUUACAAACGUAAACAUCACAUUCGGCACUGCAUUUUAUGCGAAUUCCAACGAGGAAUAAGUGCGUCGAAAGCACGGAAAUCACUUUGUAGUGUUCUUGAAACGUGUGAUUACCGGUACGAACGUUUUAGAAGUGGUGAUUUAGAUCUCAGUGAAACAUGCCUUCCACUGCUUACCCGCCGGCAACAAGCAGUGAUUGACAAGUAUACUUUGCACGGGAAUCCCAAACGUAAAAAUGUCGUUGGUAAGCCCCAGACAACCCAGUACAUCGACGGCGAAACAAGGCAUCCACUUGAAGAAGACGGUUCGCCUGUAUAUCUGGUGGUUGGACAUAAAGGGUGCACUUCAUUACGAACUCAUGGAAACUGGUCGUCACACGAUGACUGCGGUACGCUACAGUCGAUAACUGAACAAACUGAGCGAAGGACAUGA